AUGCAUUUGAUGUACACUCUCGAUGAGGCGGGCAGCCGUGUCUACACCCUCAAGAAGGUUGUCGACGGCAAGGUCACCAAGUCUGCCCACCCUGCCCGCUUCUCUCCCGAUGACAAGUGGUCGCGCCAGCGCGUGACGCUCAAGCGUCGCUUCAACCUUCUGCUUACGCAGCAGAAGGCCGAGUAA